AUGUGGAUAUUCGAUGCCUUAAGUUACGCCUACCGCAACACAACUGAGUUUGUACAGCAUGACACAAGUCUCGUCUGCUCAAUCGAGGAAAUUGACCAUUCGGAGAACCUCUCUAUCGCCCCGUACAGAAUCGCCGAAUUCAGAUGCGAGACAGUGAAUGAUGCCGUCAUGCAAAGUCUAAUUGUGUCAGUAAAGAGCAGAUGGGCACUGCCAAAGAAACAGUGUGACUCGGUGCUUACACCGUACUAUGACAAACGAAGCGAACUCGUGGAGGACAAAGGAUUAAUAUUCCUUGGGGAAUGGCUGGUUGUACCUACAGCCCUGAGGAAAGAAAUGUUGAAGCAAAUUCACAGGUCACACAUUGGAAUCAAAGGAUGUCUCCGUCGUGCCAGAGAAGUCUUGUACUGGCCACUCAUGAACGCCGAAGUGAAAGAUUUUAUUUCCAAGUGCACAAUCUGCCAAUCCCAUAAGCCUGAUCAGUGUCAUGAAGACAUGCAACCUUAUCCAGUACCGCCACGCCCUUAG